UACACUGGAGUUAUCUCCCAUUUCCAAGAUGUCAGCCCCCGUUUACUGUCAAAACUUGUCAAAAUGUAUUUUAAAUUUUAGUCUAAAUAGAACUAUAUGUAGCAAAUUAAAAUCUCCCAGUUCGAAAUUAAGAAGCAUACAAUGGCGGCAAGGGCUUGAAAAAACAAACGUGAGAUUCUUUAACAAUGACAUGUCCAAAAACUUGUCGAGUGCAAGACCAAAAUAUUUAAUAACAAAAUCUGUUAAAAGUAAACCAAUUUCAACUUGUAGCUAUUCAUUUUAUGCGAAACAUAAACAAUUUCAAAGCUACUGUCCUUUUUCGGCUAUUCAUAUAAAUAGAUUUUCGACGUCCAUUAAAAAUUUGAGUGAAGAGAAUGAAAAAGGAGGCAAAGAAAUCGAAAAACAAGGCAAAGAAGAGGAGAAACAACCAGAAGGAAAAAUUAUUACUGUGGUUAAUCCCUUUAGUCUCUUGCUUUUAAAGUAUAAUGUAUAUAGGUUACGACAAAUUGAUCCUUCAUUUAAUAUGGAUGAAUUUCUUGUGGGUGUUAAGCAGGCAGUGACAUUAGUUAGUCAGUAUAUAUCACGUAAAGAUUAUAGUAGUUUAGAAGGAUUAGUACGACCACAGGUUAUUAAAUGGUUACAGAGGGAAUGUAGUGAAUGGACUGAUGAACAGUAUAAUGACAUAGAACUAGAAACUAAAAAUAUCCAGUUUCUUCAGUCUAAUGGAAUGACAAUUGAAGAAGGAAAAAAAGGAAACUUUCUGGUAACCAUAAAAACAUGUACAAUAGGUGUAAAAAUGUCUAACAAAUUGCUAUGUGUUGUGGAGAUUGCAUCCAAUUUUUGUAGGAAUUACAAGGAUGAUCAAGCUGGAGACUGGAUAUUAGAUAAAAUAACAGGCAUCAAAAUUAAAAAAGCCAAAGACGAUAAACCAGUACCUUUUUAAAAAAUGGCUGAAAUGGAUACGGAAACAUGGACUGCCAGUGUCUAAUGCCAUUUCAAAAACAAGAAUCACUGUCUUCGAUUAAAAACAUAUAUACAGAUAAUGUAACCAAAGAUUAUCAUGUAUUAGUUGUACACGUGUGCUUUAAGAGAUUAAGUAUAGUGCGAAACUGUGUGAACCCUGUACCAGUUUAAGAACUAACUCUAGAUUAGUAAUUGUCAACCAGUGAGCCGCGGCACACAGGUGUGUUGCGAGAUCUUCCUAUGAGUGCCGCGAAAUUUUCAACGGCCCACUAAGAAAAUUUCUCACUUAAAAAGUCAGCUUUUUGACUGAUGAAAUUCGAAACAAUGCAAUAGCUGUGUUUUUCUUUAUUUAGUUCGAGUCAUUAUAUGUGUCUAUGACUAGUCUUUGUCUACGAUUGUAUGUCGUCUAUGACUCGUCAUGUUUUGCAAAAUACAAAUAUUUUUCAUAUACAUUUAGCCAGGUGUGCCGCUAUUUUUUCAUGUGUUCCAAGAUGCGCCGGUGUCAAAAAAAAAAGAAGGUUGAGACCAUUACAUUUUAUAGUAAAGAUUAAAGUAAUACAUUUGAAUG